AUGAACAUCCGGCAGCUCAAGGUGGACGUCAUGAACGGGUUCUUCGAGGACUUCGACGUAGUAGAAGAGAUAUACCGCCUCGUGGGCGGCUUCGCCGCCAGCAAGUACCUCUACUCGAAGUUCAUGCUGUACUCGGACACCGCGGGACUAAAUCUCUUCCGCCCGAAUACUCACGCGAAUAAGUCAGUUACUGAAGGAGUCGUAUCCUUCCACUUGGACCACUACGUUUCUGCCCGCGUCGCGAAGGUGACAUACGGCUCGCGCUGUGCGCAUGUCUACGACAAGGAACUCUCGGACUACACGCAGCAUGUACACAAAAUCUUCAUCUCGCCCGACGGGAUUGAGAUAUUGAACGACGGCUUCCAGUCUGUCCCCAGCCAGGCCUGUACUUGA